CUGUUGAAAAUGUAUGUAAUGAGUGUGUAGUAAUGUGCGGACGGCCCUCCGUCAUUCGAUAACAGCCUCUUAUGUCGCCGCUGAAGUGUAAAUCUCGUCGGCUAACAUGCAAGGCCGUCUUCACGCGUGACGACGCCGACAUGGACUCGCAAAACAUUGCAAAACAUUGAAACAAUAACAAUCGAUGACGGCAGACGAACAGACACGGCGCCGUGGCUCUCCCUCCACACACAAUUUGAAGCCCCUUUCCUUCUAUGGCUCCUUACUGCAGUCACGUGUGAAGGCAGCAUGGUCUUCAGGGACAGCAGAGGCAAAGGCUAACUUAGCGCCAGAGCUGCAUGCGCUCGUCUGCGAUGUCAGCGAUGCAUGCAGAGCGCUUUACAAACACACGAGUUCUGACGAAGAGCUCUUACGGCAGGGUGUGAUCUCCGGCAAGGUGUGGGUUGAAGCACUGUGCGAUGCGAUGGACGGGGCUCUCUUCUUUGGACUACGCCCACCCACAGUACCAGCGGCCAUUGCUCGGCGCCAGGACGCGCGUUUGCGCGGCUUGGGUGACGAUCGCGUGUCUGGACUGGGCAAUAAUUGCGGUGCACCUCGCGACACGUGGUGCGAAUUCGAAACGCCGCACUUCCGGUCGGCGCUAGUGAAUGCCGUAUCCGCUGUCCCAUUGUUUGGCGCGCUGCGUCAGUGCCUCGAGGACUCAGACUCUAGCGCUUUCGUUUGCACGGCGCACGGGAGUUGUCGCGCGUGGCAUCGGUAUGCCCUACGGCGAGGGGCCUUGCUAGAGGCGCUUCGUGAGCUUUUCGCGUCGCCUAAGAUAUAUGAUGUUUGGUAUGGCCGAUCGGUUGUUGCGUCUCAGGCUGCUCGUGUGGCGUUGCUCAAUGGCCUUGGACCACUUUCAUUGCUCACAGAGCGCUACGGCGCACAGACUGUACCCCUCAGCGAUGAUCCUAGCCUCGACGCACCUUUCGUCGCAUACGACGAACGCAAAGUCUUGCGGCUUGUGCGUCCUCCCGUACCUCGGGCUUUGAAAAAGGCAACUACAGGGGAUCCGCCCCCGCCUUCAGCGGUGGAAGUCACGCUCGCGGGUGCAUGUCAACUCCGCGAAGCAUAUAGCGUUCAAACACACCACAGGCUGGGCAAGGCUCACAUCACAACUUAUGGGACUGACGCAGGCUAUGAAAUAGUUCAUAUUCUGUCGCGGUCUUCCUGGUAUUUGAGGAGCCGACACAUCAUAGGCGCAGCAUACUACUGUUGCAUGUCUGAUAGGGCGCACCCACCAACAACUGGUUGGCGCCCCCACCGCGCCAGCUUGUUGCCCGCGCCUGUCAUUCGUCGGGUCCCCAUGACACGGAUUACCAGAGAUUCUCAAGCCGCACAGCCGCAACUACCUAUCAAGACUACGGUCACAGUGACUGAAUUUGUCGCAGUAGUCCAAGACAUGCCAAAUGUAGCUGUUCCAAAAUGCCCUCGGCAACGACCUCACUCUAUCUGUGUCACAACCGUAAAUGAGAACACGAGGCUCAAGGUGCGAGCGCUUAACAUGGCGUGUGCGACACCGGUUCGAGCCAGGUGGAAAACUAUGUCUAAGAGAUCCCCUGGCGAGGGGUCGUGCGUGCAGAUUUUGCUCUGCAAGGCCCUCGCCAAUACGGUCCUUGAGCACAAAGCUCUCAAGCGCAUGUCUCAUAUAUCACUUGCGCUCUCUAUUACACAGCAAGCUGAGAUUGGGGCAACUUGCAUGAUGCGCGCAUGUGCGCGUGCGUUGGCAGCCAGCAGCGAAGUUGAUGUCUCAGGGGCAACAGUGCUAAUACCGUGGCGAGAUGCCGUUCAACUUGCACGGUGUGAUGACUCAACUUACAUGAAAUUACAACUUGAUCAGUCCCCAACGCUUUCCAACUCUACGCCCAAGCCUUCGUUGGCAAAUGUGGCCCGUGAAAACUGGAAGCGAGCAUGGCGUCGCGCUCAUCAUUCCUUUGGUGGCACUACAAGGCGGGUUGUAAGUGAGAGAAUGGCUUGGUGUGCGAAACGACAGGGCGACGUUGGGCCUAUUUUCGUCUUGAACGAAGCCAAGGCCCUCGGAGUUGAGGUUGGAACUUAUCGUUCUCAAAAAGUUUUACGCUACGUUCUCCACAUCGCAUUAGAGACUGCUGUCACUUUCGAAUCAUGUGAUCACUGUGAUGAUUGUUUUGGCGCGAGCUACGCAGCCUGGCUCAAAGAGGCCCGCCUCAGGCGCCCACGGCGCACUGCUGUUGUUAGAUGCGGCGAACCAGCACUUGCGCUACUGCACGCCCGUAUCCGUGCAUUUUCUUCGCUUGAUGGCAGUGAGGUUGAUCCUAAUUUUGCUUUCGUUGAGCGGGACAGGCUCCGGGCCGUCGAGGCUGCGGUCCUCGCGCGCUGUGCUGAUGCAAACCCAAUCGGGAAAGAGUCGUCAAUUGCGUCCCUUGCUUCGCCUGGGGUCAAACUCAUGGAUGCGUACCUUGCUCGCCUGGUGGAUCGUGCCUGCGCCCACGUCGCCAUUGGAAGGGCUAUGAAACUCUUUCUUGAUGAGGCAGAGAGCUUGACAGACAUGGAGCUGCCAUUCUUCGACAGGGCGGGUAAUCUCACCACUACUAUCAAGGAUGAUGGGGGCGCUGCUGCAACCUCUGUUGCGCUUGGUCUCUGGCAACCCCUUCGAAUCGCGUCCACCUCUGCACCAGAGCCACCGCUACUCCCGCCCUCGAGCUUUGCUACACUGACCAAGGCCAUGGACCCUCAGACCAAAUUAAGUACACAGGCAUAUGUGGCUCAUGGUGCCCGCAUCUUUUCUCGGCGUCAAUCCUCACUCCAGACUCAGCCACCUCCAAGCUCUCGAGGUACCACGGAAGUCCACUCCAGCCCCCCCCUUCUUGACUGCACUGUUGGUGACAAAAUCAAUGAAAGAGUGCAUCCCAGUCACGCCAACGGCAGUCAGUGGUCCCUCUCGUUCGCAAAAGACGAGCAUACCCAGCUCGUCUCCCAGAAAUAUAUGUGCAUUUGUUGUGGUGAUCCAAUCGGAAGCUCCAUGAUCUCCAAAAAUUACGCGCCCUGCAGACUCCUCGAUGCCCUCUGCUGCAAGAGACGCUGUCAUGACGAUACAAAACGCAAGAUCCCGUGGCGUGUUGUUCUCAAAAAUGAUCACCGGCCUCAUCGUGUCUCGAAGGCUGCAGCUAACUUUCUUGAUGAUCGGAAAUCAGAACCCAUCAUACGACUCCCACCGAAUGCGACUAUUUUUGAGCUUGAACCUAGAAUGCAUGUCGCAAAGCAACUGCGCCGUCGCCUUGGUGGUCUUGCCCUCCAUGCUAUGGAGGGCAGACCAGGCGCGAUCAAUGCCACCGAUGCCAUUCUUCAGCGUCUGCCAGAGCAUUCCAUACACCUGGCUCUCAAAGAUUGCGAGUUCUGGUCACUGGAUGAUAUUUUCCAAGCGAAAGACGGCAGUCUCAUUACAUUGUUAUCAGACACUAUUGCAGAUGCUGCCUCAGCUUUCGAGAGUGCAGCCGACAUGUAAUAACAUGAAACGCAGCUUUGAAUACCGCCUGCAACUCCCUGAUCUGGAGAUUAUGUGCGUAUCUGCCAAUACUGCGCCCGAGGCCCACUGGCAAGCAGAGAGCAUCUAGCACCAGCCGCGCGGUGCAGACCAUCUUCGCCGGAUAGUCUGUGCAAGAGCACAAGUUGAGCCUCGACAUACUAGUCCUUACACACCUAAUUGUCGUUUCGCUGCAAAGGCUCAACCAACAAACAAAAUGAGUGCUGAGAAUCGACUCGUUCGAGCUCUAGAGCUCAAACAAGCUCACAACCAACGCUAUCCAUGGAAUUAAUAACGCUGCUACGCUACGUGUGGUAAUUUUAAGUUGAACUUUCCUACGCCUAUGUUGCACUUAUGGACAUCGUGCCAUAUGAGCCAUUUGAGGCGCCUAGAGCACCGGACAAGCCGCUGCAUCGGUCUCCGAGCACAUCCGUGAAGCCCUGCGGCCCACACACUGCCCUGCAGCUCCUGCUGAUGACCACAUGUUGCUUAAAUAUAGGGCUCGUUUCGGCCACUCUUUUGCUCCAGGGUCAUUGGAAUAAAGCAAAGCUUCAUGCGGAUGCAUUUAUUCCAACGUAAUUAGCCACAGGUGGCGCAGCAGUGUUAUGAAUUCCAUGCAGGGCAUACCAUUUUCAUACCGUGUGUAAAAAACAGUAUAAGAAUAAAUAUAUACUAUAUAGUAUAGAUGAUGAUGAACCUUGAAAGCCUAAACAACACGCUAAACGAAAUCCUCAACCUUACAAAAUCAAUUGACGAGCGUCUUACCAAGAUUGAGAUGAAUAUGCCUGAACCAACCUAGAGAGAGAUACCCCAAACUAGGGUACUAAGGAACGUUGAUGUUAACGUUACGGGGAACUGCAGUGCCAUCUCCAUAGUGUGACGUCGCGAUAGAGAGGGAGCAGGGUAAUGUAAAUUGCGGGGAUGAUGGGGAAUCACGAGGCUACUCAACGAACAACAAUUGCGCCGGCUCAGUACUACUAGGCCGCGGCGCAGCACUGCGCGCGCGCAUAAACUGCCAUAGCCU